UAAGAAACAGAUGUUUGUGGUUGUGGACACCACUGGAAAUGGACCAGAACAAGCUGCUCUCUCUUCUCUCAGUUCUCAUGAUCCCAGUGUGGUGAAUCUGUCAUUUCCUCAGAGCAUCACAUGUUCUUGUUAAAAUCAUUUACUGUUUAUUUCACCCUAAAACCUUCAGUUUAAUCUGUAGCCUGGUCCCUCUGAGGCUCAGCCGCUCCAGACAGUGCUUUUUGCCUCUCUUGCCUGCUCUUUUGCUCCCACUCCAACUUUUUUCUUGUCAGAAUUUGUAAAAAUUUUUCUGUUCAUCCACCUUUUAAUUUUGAUCUUCUUGGUUCCAGUCCUCAUCCUAACUCUGCUAUGCUGUGGUGGGAGCUGCUGGUCGUCUUUAGCGGUGUGUUUGUGACAGUCGGCGUUUUAUUGUUGCUCAGCACCAGGCAGCGCUACAAGGUGUUCAGUGAGAAGUGCCUGAGGCCCCCAGGACCCCUGAUCACUAACAGCCAGCAGAGGGAUGCCAGGCUAAAGAGAGGGUUCCGGGUGGACCGGGUCCCCCCUGCUCUGGACGCGGUGGUGAUCGGUAGUGGCAUCGGAGGUCUGGCUGCAGCAGCGCUGCUGUCCAAGGCGGGGAAGAAGGUGGUUGUUCUGGAGCAACACGACCAGGCUGGCGGCUGCACACACACGUUCCAGAAUAAAGGAUUUGAGUUUGAUGUUGGUAUCCAUUACCUGGGCCAGCUUCAUGAGAACAGCAUGUUAAGGGUUGCUUUGGAUCAGAUCACAGACGGCCAGCUUCAGUUUGCAAAGCUGGAGCAGCAUUUUGACACCGUGUUCCUGGGUGGACCCGACCAGCGCCGGGAGUAUCAUAUCCAUGCGGGAAAGACCGAGAUGGCAGCUUGUCUGAAAAAGCAGUUUCCAGGAGAAGAGGAGGCCAUAGAUGAGUUCAUGAAACUCAUGAAGCUUGCAUCACGGAGAACUCCACUCAUCGCUAUCCUGAAGAUGAUUCCCUACUGGGUGGUGCGCAUCCUGAUCAGAACUGGGCUCUUGAAUCAGAUUUCUUCUGUCUUCCGCCUGGCGGCAACCAACCAUUCAGAAGUGAUGUGCCGUCUCACACAGAACAAGGACCUGCAGGCGCUGUCUGCCUACCUGUUCUACGGUGUUCCUCCCAAAGAGUCCAGCUUUCUCAUCAAUGCCCUCCUCCUCCAUCACUACAAACGUGGUGCGUACUACCCGGUCGGGGGGGCCAGCGAAAUUGCCUUCCACAUCAUUCGCAUCAUUCAGCAAGCAGGAGGCGACGUGCUGGUCAGAGCUCCGGUACAACAGAUCCUCAUCAACAACCAGGGAAAGGCCUACGGUGUGACGGUAAAUAAAGGACUACAGCAGACUGAGGUCUAUGCUCCUGUCAUCAUCUCUGAUGCUGGAAUCUUCAACACUUACCAAAAGUUUCUACCUCGGCACUUGCAGGAGGAACCUGAAAUCCAGUCAGUGUUGGGUAUGGUGCGCCAUGGCAUGGGUUCCUUUUUGGUGUUUGUUGGCCUCGAUGGAACCAAAGAGGACCUGGACAUUGUUCCCACUAACUUCUGGAUGUAUAAGGACAAUGACCUGAACUCACUCAUGGAGCGUUACUGUUCUCUGAGCAGAGAGCAGGUGCUAGGAAACAUCCCCAUGAUGUUCAUCACCUUUCCUUCUGCUAAAGACCCGACAGCCGGCAUCAGACACCCAGCUAAAUCCUGCAUGACCCUGCUAACCAUGGCCCGCUACGAGUGGUUUGAGGAAUGGGAGGAAACCAAACUUGGCAAGCGAGGCCCUGAUUACCUGGAACUGAAAAACAGCAUAGCCCAGGAGCUGCUGGACUGGGCAUUGACCAUCUUCCCUCAGCUUCGUGAAAAAGUGGUGAUGGUUGAGGCUGCCACUCCUUUAACUAAUCUCCACUAUCUGGGAGCUCCCAGAGGGGAGAUGUACGGAGCUGAGCACAACGUGGAACGCUUCAGUCCAGAAACUAUUGCUAGGACCCGACCCCAGACUCCCAUCAGCGGCCUCUACCUAACAGGUCAGGACGUGUUCUGUAACGGCAUGGCUGGAGCACUGCAUGGUGGACUACUCUGUGCCUCAGCGGUCCUCAAUCAGAUCCUCUACAUUGACCUUCUUGCUCUGAAACUCCGCCUUAAACACCGAAGGAUGGAUCCUAAGAAGACAGGGUAGCAACAGAAAGAAUUUCAGAGUGUUUGUAAACAAGAGGAGGUGGAAAGAGGACCAGUCAACUUCUCGCUCGUCCCCAUCAGCCAACUUGGCGCUGCCACCUCCAGCUGUGACCAUCUGACCUUUCGAGUUCAUUUCCUGUGUACAUACACACCAUCAUCUUUUUACAUGGAGCAUUGAUGCCUCCAAAAGAUAGCUGAAAUCAUACUGUAGCUGUAAAAUGUGUUUAUUCUUCUCACUAUAUCUGGUUUGAAUGUUGUAAACUGGACUUGAUUUGAAUGAAUGUAGUCUCAGUGUCAUUUUUGUGCUGCCUGCUGGUGGUGUGGAGUGAGGUGUGCAUGCUUUGGACAGAUGAUCAAUUAAAGGUCUGAUUCGCUCAUUUGCUGAA